CAGGCACUUCCAAGCCCAGAAGAUUAUGGGGAAAAGAAAAGAGAUGAACCUGUACCAAUAAAUGAUGACGUGGAGAGAGUUCGAAGGUGUGUAAAUAGUGUAUGUCAAAUCAGCCCCUUCCUUCAGUCUGCAUCACCUUUUCCAGUUUAUGAUUGUGGUUGCUACCCUACCCUUUGGAUGCCUUGACCAGAGGCAGCUGAGAAGUAUGAGAAGUGUGUGUAGUUAAAUUAAACAUAUCAUAAUACCGCAAGGUUUUUCACCGAGUGAUACUGAAGUAUUUCUAGUGACAGGCAAAAUUUUCCGGGGGACAUUGCCAUUGUUUGCACAACUUUUCUCAAUAAAACCAAUAGAUACAUAUACUGAUUCUUACUGACAUUUAUUUUGCAUCAAUUAUUUGCCUGUUCAUGCAUUUUCUGGUAACAUUUGAGAGGCAAAAUCCAUUAAGAGGGUUUUACUGCUCUGUACACUGUGUUUAUAGUUUCCCCAAAAGGUUUUUUUUUGAUAAUAAUGAUAAUUUUUUAUUAAACCAUCAUCAGUAUUACAAAUGUCAAUGUGCCCCAAUGCAAAUAGCAUUAAGAAAUGGUGACAAAGAUUCUUAUUGUUAUGUUGUUGUUAUUUUAAGUGUAUUUCAUGAUGUUUUUUUUCACUUUAGAGCUCAUCGUAAUGAUCUCGAAAACAUCCCAACAUUUCUGAUCAUUGCCUUACUCUUCAUGUUGGCUGGCCUGUGUCCAACCAGGGGCAUCUGGUGUCUGCGAAUCUUUACAGCAGCAAGGAUCGUUCACACUUUGUCAUACCUCAGUGCACUCUCCAAGCCAAGAGCUGCGGGCUUUCUUAUUGGUUUAGUUUGUACCAUUGUUCUGGGAGUUAGCGUGCUGCUCUCUGCAGCUCAUGCUGGUUCAUUUUAG